AGUUUGUUUGGUUGAUAAUAACAACAAGGAACUUCUGUGGUCCAUCUCUUUUCCCAUCUCAAAGGAAACAAAACUCCCCUGUCCCUUUAUUUCCUUGUUUUAGCUAGUGAGUGAUGGGUGAGAGUUCCGCACCCAAUGGACUGAAUGGAGCUCAUGAGGUAGUUGUAAAUGUAAACAAGGAUGCCUCUAAGACAAUUGAAGUCUCAGACACCAACUUCACUGUUUCUUUCUUGCAGAAGGUAAUAGCUGAGUUGGUGGGUACUUAUUUUUUUAUAUUUGCUGGUUGUGCUUCCAUUGUGGUGAACAAGAACAAUGACAAUGUGGUCACACUUCCUGGUAUUGCACUUGUCUGGGGACUGGCUGUGAUGGUGCUGGUUUACUCUCUUGGUCACAUUUCUGGUGCCCAUUUCAAUCCUGCUGCCACCAUUGCAUUUGCCUCCACCAAAAGGUUUCCCUGGAAGCAGGUACCAGCUUAUGUAUCAGCCCAGGUCCUUGGAUCCACACUUGCAAGUGGAACUCUUAGACUAAUAUUCAGUGGCAAGCAUAACCAAUUUGCAGGAGCACUCCCAACUGGGUCUAAUCUGCAAGCUUUUGUGAUUGAAUUCAUAAUCACUUUUUUCCUUAUCUUUAUCUUAUUUGGGGUUGCCACUGAUGAUCGAGCGAUUGGUGAGGUUGCUGGGAUUGUGGUGGGAUCUACAGUGCUUUUGAAUGUGUUGUUUGCAGGGCCAAUAACUGGAGCAUCAAUGAACCCAGCAAGAAGCAUAGGGUCUGCUUUUGUACACAAUGAGUACAGAGGAAUAUGGAUAUACUUGCUAUCUCCAACUCUGGGGGCAGUGGCUGGUGCAUGGGUCUAUAACAUCGUUCGCUACACAGACAAGCCAUUGCGUGAGAUCACUAAAAAUGUCUCUUUUCUCAAAGGAAUAUGAGAGUCCUAAAAGCCUAGACGCCUAGUGGUUAUGGAUCACUAUGCCAAGAGAAACAUCAAACUUCUCUAAGAUUGGAAUAAUUUUAUCCAUCCUUAAGAUGCUAGUAGUUAUUAGUCGCAUUUCUACUUUAUGGUUGUUAGGAGAAUGUUGAGUUGCCAAUAUUCUUUUGGUGGCUUUGUUAUUCUGUUUGUUAUUUUGCAUAUGUUAUUUCCAUUUAGUUACUAUAUUGUAAGCCUUUAUAAAGUGAUGAAAGUAAUAUUGGAUAAAUGCAUUGAGCCAAUCUUAAAAUAA